UUUGUGGUCGGGGUUAGGGUUCUAGGCUGAGGCGAGGAUGGGGAAAGUGGCGGCAGUGCGGCAGCAAUCGGUGGAGAUCGAGGCCCUUGGAUCGCUUUUCCAGGGCCCGUGGGAGAAGAGGUACUGGAGCAGCUCUCGGGGAAAGAAGCGGUACCCUUUUCCUGUGGGAUACAGAGCUCUGGCGAGGAAGGGAGGCGAGACAUACGCGAUGGAAAUCCGAGCGGAUAAGCUCGGGCCUUUGUUUGCGGUACGCUGCGGGGAGAUUGAAAGCACGGGUCCAUCAGCAAAUGCCGCUUGGGAAGCGAUGAUGAAAAUCCAGCAUCCAGGAACUCGUUCUCUUGGAGGCAAUGGCGAGAAGAUGUUUGGCUUUGCAGAUCCUGUUGUGCAGUAUCUCCUACGUGAACUAGUUUCUGCUUCAUCGAAAAAAGAUGAGACAGAAGUCAAUGUGCAAAGUUCGCCCAGCUCUCGUUCUCCAGACGUGUUUCGUUCUUCAGUGAUUCGGGAAGGAAAUAGGAAGCGAGUGUUAUCUCCGCGGCCAGGAGACAAGGGUGUGAGGUCGUCUCAACGGCUGAAAACAGACAAGAACUCGCAAGAGCGUCACGGUGCAGAAGAUUCUUGUCCAGAAAAUGUUUAUGUCUCGGAUUCGGAACCCGAGCUGGAACCGAAGAUUGUGCCCGAUACUCUGGAGGAACUUCACAUGAGAGAAGAACCCGAGCUGGAGUCUAAGAUUGUCCCUGAUACUCUGGAGGUACUUCACGUGACAGAAGAACAUAAUUCACCAAAUCUAGAGUUGACAAUCGGCACCAGUCAGCAGUCAUUGCUGGGAUCCAACUCAGAAGAAAAUCAAAACAACUCGGACUUGUUUGCCAGCAUGAUAUCUCUGCUACUUCCAAAUGCCGUCCCUCUCAUGAAGAAACGUUCAAGAAGAAGACAGAGACAAGAUCUCUCCAAAAGAGAUGUGGCGGAAAGUCCUAUAGACUUCGGGAUGGGUAACACGGCAUUGGAGACCUCCGUAGCCAAAGACCCGAUCAAGCAAGGUGACACGACGGCCAUGACAACAAAUAUCUUUGACAACCAACAGAAAGCACCUACUGGCCUUAGACUUCGCGUCGACAAGCAGCUUACCACCGCAGUUGAGCGUCAAGCUGGAGAGGAGUCCAUUGUUGAAGAGCCUAGCAACCAAGUUGACAACGCCGAAACAUCUCAGCAAACAAAGAAUAUCGACGAGUACACACAAUGUGUUGGCGGAAACUUAAUCGAGUCCUCGUCACCCAUAUUCAUCGUCAAUAAGCUCGCGCUUGAACAAGUCACGACGCAGCUCUUUGAGGCUGUACAAAAGGAUUCGACGAUCACAGCAGCCAACGCUUUGGACGACCAUUGUGCUGAUUCGGAGAACAAGCGGUACAUUAUCUCGGAUACUCUUGAAAGGCUACCAGCGGAGCCUUCUGCUGACGAAAAGUUCCAGGAUGGACAUGUCAAGUCACUUGAUGCAGCGUGCGUGACGGACAGUCGGAUAAGGAACACUUCGGCCGAACAAGCUCCCAACAAUGCUCUAUACCCGAAGUCAAUACCUUUCACAGGCGCUGGUUCCAUGGACGUAACCGCGAACAAGCUGACUAGCCCGAAUGAGCUUGAACAAGUCACGGCGCAGCCCAGCCAGCUCUUGGUAAAGCAACUUGAGACUGUCGAAAAGAAUUCGACGAUCGCCGCAGGCAAUGCUUUGGAUGAUUUGGACACCAAGCGGUACACUAGUUCGGAUAUACUUGAAAGGCUACCAGCGGAGCCUUUAGCUGAAGAAACGUGCCAGAUUCUGGGAGAUGUGGAGCUACUUGAUCUAGAAAAUCCAGCAUACGUGGCGGACAGUCGAAGAGAAAACACUUCGACCGAACAAGAAAAGCAUGCUUCCAACAAUGCUUCAGGCCACAAGUCUGGUUCCAUCAACGAACAAGAAGUAUCUACUACGGAUACAUGGACCAAAGUGCCGGAAGCUGAUGAAAAGGAUCCCGUAGCCAACGAUUUGGACAUGCAGUCGAGAGUAUUUACCGGCUUUAGUUCCAUCAGCAAGCGGCUUACUAGCUCGGACAUGCUAAAACCCGUCGCUGCUUUUGAGCACGACCUUUCAGUUCUUUGCGUGGCACUCAACGCAAGGAGUCAGGAGGUGGAUAUCUGCGUCUCUUGUGGUCCUCUGGGGAAGCACGGUGUACAACUAUAUGUAUACCGUAUUUCCCUUGACAACAACUUGCUAUCGGAGGCAACGUUGCUACAGUCCUUUUCACUGGAUUCUUACGAAAAUUUUGGAACAGACUCUCUGAAGCAGCAAGCGGAGUUUGGAAUUCAACUCACUCCAGACGGAGACAGCCUUCUGUUGCUGGGAGCUUUUGCUGUUCAUAGACCCGAGCUUCCCAGUCAGUCAAAUAUAGUGCGGGUGGUUUCUCUUGCUGAACGUGAUCCGAAGGCUGAACUUUUUGCGACUGCCGCAAUGAGAUGCCUUUUGAUGACAGGACCUCUUUCCUUGGUCGCUGCUGGAGAUGACGGUUGUAUCAAAGAAUGGCGCAUGGAUCCGUCUUGGAGGCAUUCUCUGUAUGAAACAGAUCUCCCACCUGCAAGAUAUAAAGACAAGACUUUCCGGAGCAUUUUAAAGCUAGUCAUCGUUCCUCAAGCACCUCACCUUGUUCUUGGAUGUGAUGCGGAUGGUUACUUUGCAAUCUGGAAUAUCUCCAAAAAACAGCUACUUUCUUCAUGCCACAUUUCAAGAUAUACUUUUUCAGACAUUCAUGUCGUAGAUCUUUCUUUGGUGGAUGAUUUCAGAGAUCGAGACUACGAUUGCUGUGCUUGUCUUCUGACCAAUGUCAAGGACGAUGCGAAACAUCAGAACCACUGGAGAAUGGCCCUGCUAGAGAAUGAUGCCUUGUUUGUUGGCAAUGAUAUUGCUAACAGAAUAUGCUCAGCAGCCGUCAUGGGACCUUAUGGGGUUGCUGGCACUGACGAGGGGCGAGUUUUUCUUUGGGAAUUUUCCACCGGAAAAAGAGUGGUUGAAAUGUUUGAACAAGGUAUGAAAUUCUUGAUUUUCAAGUCGUCUCUUAUGCAAGCGUGCAAUGUAGAAUCGAAAAUCGUACAAGUGAAAACUACAACGUCAUCGCGUUUGCUGGCAACUGUUGGAGAGGAUGGGCGUGUUGUUCUGUAUGUGUAGGAGUUCGGAAUCUGAAAGGAGCGCUUCAGCAGCUCGUCUCCCUGACAGAAGUGCUCCGUCGAAAGUUGCUGAGACUCGAUGAUCUCCGCACAGGUACAAACCUGCAUCAACUUUUGGUUCUUUCGAGAGGUUGGUCGGCGGAGUCUGAUCGGGUUGAGCAAACAAGAUCCUGUAUGUCUUCAAGUGCUGCCACUUCGCUACUGUUUCCCGCCCAGUCCAUUCCUCACGCUCGGCAUCUGAACUGGCGGAAUAUCUUCCGAUCAAUGUUACGGAGACGAGAUCUUUUCCAACA